AAUCCCAACUUCAGAGUUUCUGCAAUGUUGAUGUUAGAGAUGAAACAGGUUACAUCUCAUCUCCAGGAUUUCCCUACUUCUAUCCCCAGCUGGACAGAUGUACAUGGAACAUUACUGGUGGUGAGGGCCAGAAAGUCAUGGCACAAGUUUUGGAUGUCUCUACCUCUCCGCCUCGACAACAUUAUGGCCAGGUAGUUUGUGAUGAUAAUCUAUCUUUAAUAGAAACUGAUGAUAGGAAGCUGAUGAUGACUUGUGGGGAUACACUGGACUUCUUGAAGCAAGUAGAGAGUCAGGGUAACAGUUUGAGGAUCAACUUUCAGACUGCUCACUUUAACCCUUUUCGAGGAUUUCUUCUCAGGUAUCAAAUAAAGAACUGCCCUACUCUUCCUCCUCCAAAGUUGGGGUAUCUUCAUCAUCGGAAUGAAAGCUCAGCUGCUUACAUGUGCUACAAAGGCCAUGUAUUCAAUGAUUCUCUGGUAAACUUGGAAACAUUAUUAUGCAUUGAUGGAACUCAUUGGAAUACUACUUUAUCCACUUGUAUCCGUAAGUAUAGGUUAA